AUGGCCGCCUCUCGCCCGCCCGCCCCGCCCGACCAGACAGCAGCGCACGAGGCCGGCGUCGCCCUGCACCACCCGCUGCCCGACCUGCAGUCGCUGCAGGGCGCGUACGUGGGCAACAUCAGCCGGCUGGAGGAGCACGCCGAGCGCAUGAGCGAGGCCGGCUCCGACCUCAACGAGGAGAUCCGCCGCCUGCACUCGGAGCUGAAGCUGGUCGACAGCCGCCGCUCGUCUCUGCGCUCGCUGUCCACCUACGACGACACCACCGCCCACGCCCACACCGCCCACACUGCCCACACUGCCCACACCAACAACACCAAUAACACCAACCACCACCACGCCAACUCACUCGCGCGCGUGCACACGGGCCGCAGCCGCAAUCUCUCCACCAGCUCGCACGCCUACUCGUAUUCGCCCGGAGGCUACGUGACCUCGCCCGGAGGCUCCCUCUCCCAGCAGCGUCACCGUUCGGGCAGCAAGGCCUCGCGACUCGGCCAGGUCGUCCACCCCGAGCACCUGCACGAAGAGACGCCCACGACGACGACCACCACCACCACCACCACCACCGCCGCCGCCGCCGCCAUGCCCGCCUCGCCCGCCUCGCCCAGCUCCAUCGUGGCCACGCCCAUCGAGCACCGCCCCCCGCCGCUCGGCCAGCGCCACGUCUCGUCCUUCACACGCAAGUACGAGGAGAUUGCCAACGAGAUCCGCCACGAGAUCCGCCACAGCGCCCCCCUCGACCGCGACGACGACGAGGACGACGACGAGGACGACACCCACGCCCCCUACGCCCCCUACGCCCACUACGAGCUGCCCGACCGCCCGCCCACCGCCGCCUCCACCGACACCACCCACCAGGCACGCACCCUCUGGCACGACUUCGACGGCACACACGCCCCCGACGCCGUCCCCGAGGAGCCAGAGCCCGACCCCGGCCCAGGCCCUUCACGCCCCGCCCGCACCCGCUCUUCGUCCUUGAUGAUGCGCUCCGCCCCAGACCUGCCGCCCCACGCCGCGCCCCCGCCCGACGACGGCAUGGUCUUCUACCCGGCGCCCGUCCCGCGCAUGCUGAACCUGCCCAAGCGCCUGUCUCAGCUGCCCGCCACUGACGUCGCUGCACGACGUCGCACCCAGGUCCUCGACCAGAUGCAGGCCGAGAACAGAAAGUCGGCCCCUUGGCUCACCACCACCACCGAGCCUCCCAAGCCCAGCAAAAACGCCCGCCAGAGCUUCGCCGGCCUGCCUGCACAGCUGCGCGCGAGUGCCUUUUUCGACCAGCACGGCACCUCGCACGACUUUGAAGUCAAGGGCGAGUCGGCCGAGGACGCGCUCGACAACAUCCUCGAGGCGUCUGCCCGCGCCCCCGUCUCCGCCUUCACCGACCACCCCUUCACCGACCACCCCUUCACCGGCCGCGUGGGCAACCAAGUCUACGGCCCGGAGCACAAGCGCAAGAGCUCCAAGUUCCCCGCCACCGACCCCGUCCUCGUAGAGCCCACCAAGAGGCGCAGCUCCUUCAACAUCCUCGACACCAGCACAAACUCCAGCGGCGGCAAGCUGAACAAGCUCAAGAAGCGCAACAGCUCCGCCGACAUGAACAUCCUGCUGACCAGGGCCAUGGAAAGCCGCAUGAGCCUGGGCGCAGAGCUCGACGAGCGCGACGAGCAGGCCCGAGGUCCCGGCGACCACGACACGCCCUCGCGACGCAACUCCGGGGAAGACGCCCGCCACCGCGAUCCAGACCCCGAGUUCGAGCACCAGGCCCAGGAAGAGGACGAGGACGAGGACGAGGACGAGGAACAGAAACAGGAACAGGAACAGGAAGGGGAACAGGAGGAAGAACAGUUCUUUGGCGCGCCCACCACCCUGCUCGCCGAACUGCAGCUACGGAAAGCGAAGCAAAAGGAGCGCAACAUCAACUACGUCACCAUGGUCGAGGAAGGCCGAAUGACGACCCACCGCACCCUGCUCGAUCUCAACGACGACGCCGAGAGGGAGAAGCAGAAGCGCCUGAAGAAGAAGGUGCAGCUCGCCUGGGAAGCCCAGGACGACGACGACUCGGACGAUGACAUCCCCCUCGGCGUGCUGUACAAGCAGCCGCCCAAGAACGACUGGGACAGACCCCUUGGCUUGAUUGCCCAGCGCGAGCUCGAAGACCACGAGCCUUUGAGCCGUCGCCGCGAACGACUUACCGGCGGCCUCGCCAGCAGGAGGACGGCAACCCUCGGCGCCUACGACAGCCAGACCAACCAGGAGAUACCCCGUGUCAUCACCCCUCAGCCCGAGUCCGAAGGCGAAGAGGAAGAAACGCUCGGCGAGCGCAUGCGUCGCCUGAGAGACAAACAGAUGAUCGACGACACCCCGAAAGCACCCAAGGACGCCCCAGAGGACGGCGAGGAAGAGACGCUCGGCCAGCGCCGCGCACGCCUCAAGGCCGAAGCCGAAGCCCGCGGCGACAUGCUCAACCCCGGCGAGCGUCCAGCCCUCCGCUCCAAGAUGAGCCUGGCCGACGUGCUCAGCGCGAAUCCCUACGACGACCACCACCAGGCGCACAAGGUCUCCAACGAGCAGCUCCUGUCGCACCUCCCUGCCGGCAGCCUCCUCCACCGGAACGCCAUGGCGGAGGAGAGGCGCAAAGCACAGCGCCUGACGCAGAACAUGCGCGCGAGCAGCUACGGCAUGACCGGGCCCGACCCGCUCGUCCGCGGCAUCGGCAGCACAAAGUCCAAAGACGACGAAGACCAGCCGCUCGCGCUCAAGAUCCAGGCCUACAAGGACAAAAUGGCCGGUCUGGGCCCGGCCGAGCAGCCCCGCGCGCAGAGCAUGCUGUUGGCCAACCCAGCCCUGAACCGGUCGCAGCAGUCGAUGCCGAUGAACCAGCGAAGCGGCAUGCCCACGGCCCCCAUGAUGGUGCCCCAGCAGCACCCAGGCAUGGGCAACCGCCAGAGCAGCAUGCCCAUGCAGAUGAGCAUGAUGCACAACGGGCCGCAGAUGAACGUCAUGGGCGGCAUGCCCGUCAUGCAACCGCAGAUGCCCAUGCAGAUGCCUAUGCAGAUGCCCAUGCAGAUGCCAAUGCCCAUGCAGAUGGCUGGCGGUAUGCCAACGCCCAUGCAGAUGCAGAUGCAGAUGCAGAUGCAGAUGCAAAUGGCCGGCAUGCCAACGGAUCCCAACAUGAUGCUUUUGCAGCCCAUGAACCCGCAGCAACGCAACAACAUUGAAGGCUGGAUGAAGGGGAUACAGUAG